UCUGAAUCAGCUAAUUAAAAAAAUGAAUGUGGGAUUCCCAGUGUAAUUCUUCACUAUGUCACACAGUGAGUGUGUUGUCAGCUCUUGACUCCUCUAGGAGGAUAGGGUGCACAUGCGCAAUCCUUCGUUUCCCUCUUCCAAGCUCAAUCUUCAAAUCUCCAGCAGCUGCAGGCGGAUCAUCAGUUUAUUAGAGAGGAAGAGGCUCAUUCUUGUGUGAGCAGUUUGCACUAAAAAAACUGUUUUGUUAGGGGGAAAAACGAUUAUGAUUCCAAAAUUCAUCAGACCUGUUUUGUUUUUGUUUUUUGCGCCGGGAGCCCCUCUCUCUGUUUAACCAGAGAGAUUAGGAUGGAAAUGUGAAAGCUGGAGUCAGUAACGUUAACAUGCGCUAAUCUGAAGCACAGAAGGGGAAUGUGUGGGACACGCAGCUGGUAGAAAAGAAAACAACGGGCAGCAGGAAGGAUGCAUGCAGUCUGGAUACUCCUCCUAUUCACCGAGGAGGGAUUUUCUCUUGCACAGAAGAUUAAAGAUGGAGGUGCUGGAACUAAAGACGGUAAAGCACCUGAGCAUCCACGAAGGGCUCGUCACUGUGGGACUUGGGUUCGAAAACUAGACGGUGGAAGCUUCAGCUCUCCAAACUACCCAAACAUGUACCCGCCAAACAAGGACUGCCUUUACGUGCUGGAAGCCCUGCCUCGCCAGAGAGUGGAGCUGCUCUUCAACAAGCUCUUUCACAUCGAAGCAUCGUUUGAUUGUCGUUUUGACAACAUCGAGGUGCGAGACGGUCCCUUUAGCUUCUCACCGCUCAUCAACCGUUUCUGUGGCACAACCAGUCCUGGGGUCAUUUAUUCCAGUGGUCGUUUUAUGUGGAUCCGGUUCUUCAGCGACGAAGAGCUGGAGGGUAAAGGCUUCCAGGUCCAGUACAAAUUUACAGCAGACCCUGAGUUUCAUCUACAUGUGGGAGGACUUAUGAACCCCAUACCAGAUUGUCAGUUUGAGCUGGCGGGCCUUGACGGCCUGAUCCGCUCAGGUCAGGUUGAAGAGGAUCACAAAGUGAAACCAGACCAGGCAGUGGACUGCAUUUGGACUAUAAAGGCUCCAGCAAGGAACAGAAUUUACCUGAAGUUCUUAGAAUACCAGAUGGAACACUCUAAUGAAUGUAAGAAGAACUUUGUGGCUGUUUAUGAUGGCAGUAGUGCCAUUGAGGACCUGAAGGCCAAGUUUUGUAGUACAGUUGCUAAUGAUAUCAUGCUGGACACCGGUUUUGGAGUAGUGAGGAUGUGGGCCGAUGAGACAAGCCGUCUCAGCCGUUUCCGGAUGCUGUACACUAUUUUCACCGACCCACCCUGUAUAGGCAGCGCGUUCUUUUGCCACAGCAACAUGUGCAUCAACAAUUCUCUGGUGUGCAAUGGCAUACAAAACUGUGUCUUCCCUUGGGAUGAAAGCAACUGCCAAGGUACCCCAGACACAAAACCCAGAGCUGCUUUUCUCCAAAUCACAAAGACUCAGGCAACAAUAUUCUGUGUGUCCACGGGCGUGGUCCUGCUACUCUUCAUUUUCUCCAUUAUGGUGCAAGUCAAACAGCCACGUAAAAAGGUGGUGAUACGUAAGAACAAGCUGUUUCGGCGUGCUGACCUGCAGAAGGUGUUUGAUUCCCAGCACUACGAGCUCUUCAAUCGCAGAGACAAGGAUAUAUCUGGGAACCUCAGGGAGCUGUCGGAUGAACUCCUGUCCAUGCAGGCUCUCAGGAGACUGUCGUCAGGUUCGCGCUGCGUGCAUGAACACCACUGUGGCUCUCAGGCCUCCAUCAACUCCAUCAAAGCUGGUCACAGUGGAUACAUCUUGGGCAAAGGAUCUAUAGAGCUGCCCCCAUUCCGAGGGGACUGCCAAACCACCGUACCUCCUUUUAGAGACUUUAACAGCAGUUUGCGGAAGAAGAGCUGGCCCAGUGUGAAGCAAAGCCGAAUGCAGAGCCACCCGGGGGAUCGGAUGCUGUGGCGGCAAGAUCGAGUUAUGGAACAGAAGGAGGAGAGGGAAGAGGGGCGUUAUGAUCUGUACGUGCGACGAGUGGGACACCAAAGAGGCAAAUACGAGAUGGCUCAGCGGAGAACUUUGUCCAUGGACUUUUGAAAGGAGCUGUGGGAGUUGGCACGGUAAAAACUGCAGCAGCUCGAGCUCUGAACUGUGCUAACAUUCCUAAAAGUGGAAGAAAUAAAAACUCACUGUCAUUUACCACUUUUUUAUUUGCCUUUUAUCCAGUAAGGUUGGAAAACACAGUGUUUUGUUAAAGGGCAUAACUUUGAGAACUGCCAAAUCUGCUCCGACUCUAAAACAGCUGCAGGGAAGCUGUUAUCACAUUUGUGAUAAAAGCAUAAAUGUGACAACACAUUUGUCAUUUUUAGGUAAAUAUAUUUUAAUAUGAAGCAAACAGAUUUAUUAAUUAUGAAUUUGUGUUUAAUUUUUUAAGUGUGAUUUCUUUGGGGAAAAAAUUACCUCAGUUUUGAUUCAUUAAUGUACCUGUUAAGAAAAAAGGAUAAAAUGGGGCAUGAUGUCUCAUGUCACGCUUGAUUUGGAACAGUUUCUAGAAGGAAGGAGUUUGGUGGCAUGGGUUUUUUAACGGGUGUGCCAUCUGGAAUUUCCCCCAUGAACUUUAUUUUCAUAAGUUGAUGUUUUACAAUCAGUAGUCAAGUUUGCCUUUAUAAAACACUGUCACGGCUGACGACAACUAGGAGAAAAUCAGCAGACUUUGUUGCAUAAGUUAUUGUAAUAAAAAUAUAACAAACUCCA